AUGCUGACGGAAGCUCACAAGGCUGGCCGUGGGGGCCAAAGGAAGCGGAAUUCCGUCUCCGCCUGCCGUUGUGUCCCCAACAUCCUUCUGACACAUCACCGGAAGACCGCAAUUUGUCCUCGGUUCUACCCUAGCCUCGUCGGCUUUUUCUCUGCAGGUCGCCGAGAGGUCCCGCAGCAACAGGUAACCCAGAAUGAGCAACAACGGCGGAGUCCGAAUCCCGAAGGCGUGCCGGACAUGCGCCAAGGCGAAGGUGCGGUGCGAGCCGCAAACCGAUGGGACAUGCAAACGAAAGAUUGCAAUGACCAAGCGCCCGGGGCGCAUCGGCGCCAAAAGUCCACGAAAAGCAGCAUUGAAGUCUCGGCCUUGGAAGAGAAGCUGGACCGAAUGGUUGCUCUGCUUACGGCUUCGAACCCAUCUGCUCUCGAGUCAUCCGGCCCUAAUCUUUCGUCCGGGAUGUCGUCAACUGCAUUCUCGGACGAAAGUGCAGCAAAUCCGAGCGACAGAGAAGGUCAAUUUCUCCUGAAGAUAUUUACCACCAGUAUGGUGCCUCUCUUUCCAUUCGUCGUGAUCCCACCCCAUAUGACAGCAGAUCAAUUACGUCAAGAAAAGCCGUUCCUCUUCUUGGCCAUCUCCAUGGUUGCAUGUCAGAGCGCAUCGCGCCAGCGAGAAAUUUCAAAAAUGGUGAAAGACUAUAUAGCCGAGAAGAUUGUGAUUCGGAAUGAGCGCAGCCUCGACCUGCUUCAGGGUCUCCUUGUGCAUCUGGCUUGGUAUAUUGGCAUUUCUCGUCAGCAACGGUCGACGGCUCCUGAUCAAGAAGGGGAAGUCGUACCAGGAUUCACUCAGCAACAGGUCAAUCAGGGACCUGCACAACUAGACGCCUUUGUGCAACUGGCUGUGGCUCAGCUCAUCAGUUUGGGUUUAGGUCAAAGCUUGAAUCCCCCGAGAAUGUCAAAGCCGAUCAGCUAUAUGGGGAAAAUGGAUGUAUGGGCCAGCUCACAGCGCGUGCACACCCUCGAAGAGCAACGGGCUUAUUUGGGGUGCUAUUACCUGACGGUUAUGCUAUCUUCGUGCGUCCGAGAUAUGGAACCGCUUCGCUUUACGAAAUAUACAAAAGAAUGCUGCAAACGGGUCGAGGAAGCCUUGGAGUUUCCUACAGAUGCUUAUCUUGUGAAUUUGAUCCGAGUCAUGCAUCUUGCUGACAGGAUCGUGCACACAAUCAGCUUUAAUGACCUUGAUUACCCUGAGAUUCUCUCGGCUCCACUUGGGCUAAGUAUACAAGGGUUCCAGGCCGAACUUCAAAAAAUCAAGGCUUCUUUCUCAUGCGAGCCGCCACAUUCAAGUAUUCUUGCAUUCCAUUGCAAUACACUAGAAAUCCUUUUAUACCAAAUUGCUCUGAGCGAGGAACUGUCCGACGCCCAAUGCGGUGGCUACACGGUGACAAGGCUAGAUAUUCUCUUCCACUGUCUGGAAGCGACAAAGUCAUUUUUCCACAACUUUUACUCGGUCUCGUCGCAAUAUUUCCCCUUUCUUCCGUUUACGAUCUGGUGUCAAUCCGGCCACGCAGUGGUCACCCUCUCACGGCUAAGUCUAUUUCAAAGCUACAAUGACUGGGACCUGGAGUACGUUCGAAGUACGAUUGACUACAACGAUACAAUCGAUCGCCUAGCGCAGAAGUUAGAAGAAGCCCGGUCAUUUAUACAGCCAAACAUAGCAUCGGACGAAUUACCCGAGAUCUUCGGAAGGCUCUCCAGUCGAAUGCGGCUUAUGAAAGAGUCACAUCGUCAAAAGAAGGAGGCCAUGGAGAAGGCUCAGCAUGAAGACAUCCAGAAUCAGCCUGACUUUAGCUUCAUGUUCAGCGACAGUUUCUUUAUUGGCCCAACUGCCAUUCGAGCCGUGAAAAAAUGGCCAGAUAUGGCUCGAGAAAAUGCCAAAAUUGAGUACAGAAUGUGGAUGUCGUGGCACCAAAUUGAUGGGAAAAAGGUUGCGGGCCCCUCCCUUAUUGCGAUGCAUGCUUCAAAGAAUGGAGAAACGUCUGUCGAUGGUGUCGAGCAACCAACGAAUGCCAAUCGGCAUAGUCGUCCGAAGUUCCACAAUAUAUUAUCUAAUCAAACUAAGAGAAUUAGACUUUCUAUGGAAUAUAGCAAACAAGCAUUCAAAUUCUACGAGAAUCCCAACACUCAAAAAGCAGUCGUUGUUCUCGCAGAUGAUGAAAGAUUAGAAGCCGAUGUGGUCAUUGCAGCCGAUGGUAUCGGGAGCAAAUCGUUUACUGUUACAAUGGGACGUGAAAUUCCUGCCCAUCCAUCUGGCAGCUCACUAUAUAGAGGAUCCAUUCCGAUUGAAUCGGUCCUUGCUGAUCCGUUGUUGAAGGAGAGGUUUCAUGGCCUAGAAGAUGGGCUUUCUCUCGUGGAGAUGUGGCAAGGGCACCCCAAAUACCACAGUAUAUGGGAAAGAACAACGGAUCAUCUAGCGUGGCAAUUCAUCACCCCCGAUGGAAUGGAAUCCUGGACCAAGCUUGUCAACCCUGAGACUGUGUCGCCGAAGGGGCGAGUUGUCCAGAUUGGCGAUGCAGCACACACAUUCCACCCGGCCUCUGGCAGUGGGGCAACUCAGGGUCUUGAAGAUGCCGUGUCGCUCGCCGUAUGUCUCCAGAUAACGCAAAAGGACAACAUCCCCUGGGCUACCCGUGUUCAUAACAAACUCCGGUUUGAGCGCGUUUCCUUGUUGCAGAAGAUAGGAAUCCUGAAUGCAUUAUCUCGGAGCCUUCCUGCCGAUGAAGAGGAACCCAAAGCUGCCCAUGCCGGACUGCUGGGAGCUUGGCGGUGGAAACAUGAUCCCGAGAAGUACGCCAUUGACAACUAUGGGAAGGCCUUGGAGCAUCUUAACAACGGUGCUCCCUUCCAAAAUACCAAUCUACCGCGUGGAUGUGCAUAA